GGCGGACAUUAGAGAAGAGGAACACUGGAGGAUACGGACGUGUGCUUUGUCUACAGGAGUCUACAGAGUCUGAGGAGGACGCGGUGCCUUUUAAAGCUUCUGUUUUGGAGGUGCGCGCCGCUGCUGCGUCUCCUCGGUCCUCGUCCUCGGUCCUCGUCCUCGGUCCUGCACUGAAUACCGAUGUGAAUACUUCCCUGCUAACUUUGGAGCAGCAGAAGACAGCCUGUCGCGAGCCAAAGGGGCGAAUACAGGAGAUUUGACACCGAGCACAGAGCCUAUAUUUGUCCGUGGCGCAAAAAGGAACGAGAAUCUCCUACUGGGAACGAGAAUCCUGUGGCUGUGUCGCCUCCGCCGCCUGUUUCCUUUAGAGGAGAGGAUUUACCUGACGUGGGGGGAUAUAUCUGGAGAUCUGACGAUCUGCGAGGUGCACGGCACAAUGGGAACCCUAAGCCUCUGAGGGUGGAGCACAAAAGACCAAACGGAAUAGUCUGUAUAAAGCCAACGAGGGACAAAAGAGGAGGAGAAGGUGGGACAGGAGCAGGCGGAACAAUUCUAACCCGGCGCCAGGCAAGAAACCAGGAGAGCCUUUCAACUGAAGAAGGGGUGGAGAAGGAAGAGCGGGGGGACUGAAAGGAGGGUGUUGUUUUACCUCCCUUGGGUGCAUGCACCCUCUCAACACCCCCACAACGUGGACAUCCACUUUUUUAUUUGUUAGUGACGGGCUAACAAAAGGAGAAGAAUGCGCAAUAAAGCAAGUAUUGAAUGGCUGUGGGCAAAGAGCGGCCUUAGCAUGACACUACCCAGGACUAGAGCUUUGAUGUUGGGCUUUCUGCUGGCUGUGACGGGAUGGUUAACCCCGGCGGUGGCAGAUGUGCAGAUGGAUGACAUGGUGAUAAUAGACGCCGGUGGAGAGCAGGGCAGACUGGGCCUGGAGCUGGAGGCGUCCAUGCACUCCUCGCUCCUACGGGGUUUCCAGGAAGUAACAGAAGACGUCAGGACACUGGAACCUGCCGCGGCCCAGCAGAGCGGAGCUGCGGCCACGGCCUUCCCGGACUCCUCGGCGGUCGUGGGGCGGAUCUUCAGAAUGAAAGUGCCCAAUAAGAUGGAGGGCGUCUACCUCGGGGAUAUCGUCAAGAUCACGGAGAUGGGUAAGGACUCCCUCCCCGAGUGGUUGCACUGGGACGCCCACAGCAGAAUCCUUCAGGGUUUGCCGCUGGAGGAGGACAAAGGCGUCCAUUACAUCUCUGUGUCCAUCGCAGACGACAAACAGUCCUCUUCUUCAUCCGAGGUCUUCUCCAUCGUGGUACAUCCCGAGGACCAUAUGGAUAUUGAGUCAAUCCAAGUAGCAUCCAGCCAAACUUCCGGGCAGGAGGGAGUCCAACCGUUCUCGUGUAACAAUGAGGAUCCUGUUACAGUCCUGACCGUCAUUCUCGACGCUGAUUUGACCAAAAUGAGCUCAGCAGAGAGAGUGGAGCUGCUGAAUAAGAUGAGGAAAUUCUCAGGAGUGGAACUUGAGCACAUGAAGAUGCUCCCGGUCGUCAACAACAGGCUGUUUGACAUGACUGCGUUUAUGGCAGGUCCUGGAAACGCCAAGAAGGUUGUGGAGAAUGGAGCCCUGUUAUCGUGGAAACUAGGCUGCUCGUUGGACCAAAGCAGCGUCCCAAACAUCGACAGCGUCCAGGGCCCCGCGAAAGAGGGUACGAUGUCGGCUAAACUCGGCUACCCUGUCGUCGGCUGGCACAUCGCCAACAAGAAACCGCAUAUCCCCAAACGAGUGAGGAGGCAAUUAAACAACACCCCGACACCUGUUCUUGCUGUUCUUCCCCCGACGUCAGCGGUGGAGCCUCCCCCUGUGAGGAUUGUCCCGACUCUCUCCUCGCCUUCUAUCGCCGGACCAACUGAAAGUGCUGCCCCUCCCGUCAGAGGCCCCGUCCCUCUCCCUGGAAAACCCACCGUCAGAUUCCGUGACACCAUCGCCCACACGCCUACGCAGGAACUUCCUCCUCCAACAAAGGUUAUGGAGACCACCAGUUCUGUAUCUAUCCAGCCAUCUUUCACCAGACCUCCUUUGGUGCAACCCACUGCUACUACCACAACUACACCCAAGACUAAAAAACCCGGAAAACCAAAAAAGCCCAAAACAACCCCAGUACCAAAAGAACCAAAGAUUACAACUGCUAAGCCGAUAAGCACACAAUCACCAGGCGUCAUCCCGGAUCCUUUCAAUGAGAAACCUGAACUGCGUAACCCGAUAGACCAGGUAAAUGCCCUGGUCGGUACCUAUUUUGAGGUCAAGAUUCCUUCAGACACUUUCUUUGAUAAUCAGGAUGGUACAACGGACAAGUUACGCCUGUCUCUGAGGCAGAAUCACAAUGAGGUUGUUGGAGAAGGUUCUUGGAUUCAGUUCAAUACGACCAGCCAACUUCUCUAUGGUAUUCCGGACGUCAAACAUGUCGGAAAACACGAGUACUUUAUGCAGGCAACAGACAAGGGCGGUCUUAAUGCUAUCGAUGCUUUUGAAGUACGUGUAAACCGUUGGCCUACAAAUGACAAAACUCCCGUCAUCUUUACUGCUCGAUUUGAUGGUGAACCACAGUCGAUAACUAACGACAUUCAUAAGAAAAUCCUCCUGGUGAAGAAGCUGGCGUAUGCCCUGGGAGACCGCAACAGCAGUACUGUGAGCAUCAGGAACAUCAGCAAAGGAUCUAUCGUGGUCGAAUGGACAAACACGAGCCUCCCGCAGCACCCAUGUCCCAGGGAGCAGCUCAUAACCAUGAGCCGGACCCUGGCCAGUGCAGACGGGAGGCCGUCCCAGACCUUCCGUUACGCCAUGGAGCCCGAGUUCAGACCUUUGGAUGUGACAGUGAAGGGCCGGGCCAGCUGCAGGACACAUUCCUUUAUUCCCCCCGGAGAGAUCGAUAUACCGGAGCCACCGGCCGUCACCCCCGCUUUGGGAACGGGCCGCCAAAGCACGGAUGAUGUGUAUUUGCACACGGUCAUCCCCGCAGUGGUGGUGGCAGCCAUCUUGCUCAUUGCGGGGAUUAUUGCCAUGAUUUGCUACAGGAAGAAACGAAAGGGAAAGCUGACGAUCGAGGACCAGGCCACCUUCAUCAAGAAAGGUGUGCCUAUCAUUUUUGCGGAUGAACUGGACGAUUCCAAACCUCCUCCGUCCUCGAGUAUGCCCCUGAUUCUCCAAGAAGAAAAGCCCCCACUCCCACCCCCGGAAUACCCCAACAUGGCCACCCCAGAGACAACUCCCCUAAACCAAGAACUGCUGGGGGAGUACACGGCUUUGCGGGACGAAGAUCCCAACGCACCGCCCUACCAGCCUCCUCCCCCCUUCUCUACACCCAUGGAAGGAAAGGGCUCCCGUCCCAAGAACAUGACCCCCUACAGAUCCCCGCCCCCGUACGUGCCCCCCUAAGACUUGUAUAUCCCUCCCCGUUGUAGGGUGGAGGGAGCGGAUGCCUGAAGAACUGCGACGGUUUCCUUUCUGGUGUUGUCUGUCUGGACAUUUUCUUGGAGGAAUGACAAGAGGUGCUAAAGUACAAAAAUAUAAAACUAUAGGGUCUGGAGUCAGGGAGUUGGGUGGGGAUUUUCAGCCGGACGAGGGGAUGUUUGCUUGAAACAGCUGGGAUGGACUACUGUUUUUAGUAGUAGCCCGGCUUCUAUUGUGGCCUAAGACAAACAACUGCUUGUCACGUUGGAUUUCCGAUUCUAGGCCAGUUUUGGUCAAAGGGGAGGUGUGCUCUCCCUUCCCAGCAUUUGAUUACUUUUCUGAUUUGGAUACAAUAAUUUUAUCAUAGCAUUUCACAUCUCUAUUUUUUUUUUUUUUUUUUCUCAACUGAAUCAUUUUGCCUAACAACUGUUCUUUUGUCUUGCUUUUGAUUAAUCUGAGAAAACGGUGAACUGCCAUCAGACUACUACAGGCGAUAUGUCAUGUUUUUUAUAAAGGAGGGAUGAGGGUUUGGCUAAAAAUAAAGAAAAAAAAGCUACACACUGAUCUCAAAUAACUCUAGAAGACAAAAGAAUGGGAGCCUUGCGCGUGGGUGAAUGAACGAGCUUGUGUUUUAUCCGAUUCAUUAUGGUUUGCCUUUUAACACUUGUUGUCUCUUUUGGUCUUUAUUCACGAUGUUUAGUAUUGAAGAGAGUAACAAGGUGUAGCCUAAGAUGAUUUUAGAAACGAAUACAUAAAUAAUUAGUUUGUUUUAUUGAUGAUUUUGUCUUCUGUUCACUGUAUAUGGAUGAUCUUCAGGUAGCAUUAUCUACAUUUCGAGGGGAGGAAAGCCUGAAGGAAAGGAUUGCCUCACUAAAAUAACCUGCAGGAGCUUUUCCGAUCAUGAAUUUAACUCUUAGCCUUGACAGAGCGAUCCUCAAGGCUGUAAGCUAACACCAUUCACUUGGGAAUAAUAUAUAAAUAUGGUUAAAAUAAAUAAAUUAUCUCACUAACUUAUUAGUCGUGUAUUUCAGUGUGAUAAAGUGACGUGCAUUUUAAUAAUCUAAACUAAAUAAUCGGGUCAGCACAGAUCCAAACCGUAGCAAAAUAACACCAAAAAUGUACAUAUUUGGAAAUGAAAGCCCUACAGUUUAUUUUGGGAUAUUAUUUUAUUUUUGUACUUUGUAUUUUAUCGAGGUAAUUCUUCUCUCCAGUUGCCCAAGUUCUAUUUUGUGCCAAUGUCUCAGAUGGAAAACGAAGCAACAAAAAUUACUGAUCAGGUGGUGAGGAGGACUUUUAUUAAACUCUCAUCUUACAUAAUCACUGGAAAUGAUCAACAAUAAAUCUCCUAAUUUUUUACAAAGUUUUUGAUACAGCCUCAAAUAGUUUGAGUAUUAAAAUAAACCAACAGAUGAUUAGUCUUUUGUGAUUUGAAUACCCUUAGCGUAGAAGUUUGAUUCAGUUAUGUACACCUUUUUGUUUUGGGUCACAUAUUUCAGUUGUUUUAUUUUAUUGCGUGUGUUUGCAAAUGAAAAUGUAUCUUCCACUAUACAACAAUGAAAUGACCCAUAUUUUAUGUAACCACACAGUUUAUUUUUAGCUCCAUUAUUUUGUUUUUGCUGAUAAGUUUUAACAAAAGUGACCCUUUGCAAUAAUAUGUAACAUGCAGUCCAUUCGGCGACUGGAGGACGCGGGCUCGAGCGAAUGACUUGUAUUGUUCAAAUGUUGGUUUUUUGCAGGAUGCCAAGGCUUUUUUUUUGCUUCUAAAGUGUGCAUUGACAUAAUAAAACCAACUGGUACGAAAA